AUGAUCAUCAGCACGGACAGUACGUUUGUCCCACCUGCGCUGGGUAAUGGAGACAACCGAGAUAAUGAGACGUUCAAGUCAAUUCACGACUCGAACGGUGCUUGGGACCACGCCAUUGUUGGAUUCGAUCCGGGCACCAAGGAAGCUAACAUAACUCCCAGACCAGGAGAAGGAGAGUAA